GUAGCGAGUGCGAGUGCGAGCGAAUGCGCGAUCCGAGCGAGCGUACGAACGCGCUGCUGUUGCCGCUGCUGCUGCUGCUGCGUGCCAGUGCAACGCCAUUUUCUGCGUCCGCGGGUGGUGAAGUCCUUUCCCGUAUUCGUUCGAUCGGACGGCCCGUCGCUCCGUGAUCGCGACGUUCGACGACGUCAGUUCGCCUUGAUCGUCGCACUGUUCCCGGCGACUCCGUCGUCCACUGUUCCGCUCUCCUGUGCUGCCUGUGCUCGGAUUCUCAGUCCGGGAUAUGCGCGGACACGCGGCCAGCCGUGCGACGGAUACGAUGGUCUCGAGAGAACGGUGAGUGAGCUUUCGCGAGGAGCCAGGCGGAGCGAGCAGCCAACCCGAGGAUGCCGCUUCCGAAAAGACUGGUGGAGCCCGUGCAUGUAGCACGCGGCACUAUCCCUGAGGACUUCCCAUUGCCGUCGGAGUUAGAGGCGGCUACCAAUGGCACCUUAGCCAACACUAUCAGACAACUAUCUAGCUUAUCUAGGCACGCCGAGGAUCUAUUUGGCGAACUGGCAAGGGAGGCUCACGGGUUGAGUGACCGGGCUAACUCACUGCAAGCUAGGAUAGACCGUUUGGCUGUCAAGGUCACUCAGCUAGACAGUAACGUCGAGGAAGUCUCACUUCAAGACAUACACAUGAGGAAAGCGUUCAAGUCCUCCGUGGUAUUCGACCAGCAAGUUGUCUCGAGGGACACGAUGCCCACGGCGAUGCUGGAGACGUAUCACCAGUGUGACACGCCGCCGCCGUUAGAUAAGCUGAAUAUUUACAGGGAGGACGGCAAAGACGGUCUGAAGUUCUAUACUGACCCGAAUUACUUCUUCGAUCUGUGGAGUCAGGAGAUGCUCAAAGACACGGAGAAGAAGCUGCAUGAUCGGGGGAAGAAGAGCGAGUCUGAAUAUGCCGAACCGUUCAGAGAGCCGCACAGGCCUCGGAACGAGGAUGGCGGCGGAGGAGGCGGCAGACACAAGAAGCGCGUGAGACAACCUCACAACACCAGGGAACGACAACGACAGUUGGCCGUUGGACACGGCGAGUACAUCAUGCCGACGCAAGGCAUACAGUACAGAGCGCCUCACAACGUGCCCGAUGAUGCGUUGUUGGGCAUGGUGAUGACGGAACCGCGUCCACCUAGGCCCAACAGUAUCGAGUUGCAGCGAAGCUACCCGCCAGAGGGACAGCAUCUCUACAGUCCUCCGUCUUCCGAUCACUACAGGGCGGCAAACUACGUCGCUCAGGGCUAUGACGAGAACCCAUAUGGCUCGCACUACGCUCCGGGUCAGGUACCAGCCGGCAGUGAGACGUAUCAAAGUCCUGGCGGUCAAAGCACGCCAAGCCGGGGUGGCAGGUCGCGGCCGUCGCAGCCACCGCCAGCACCGCCGAGUAACGCUUCCAGCAAUUCUACGCCCACGGUAGCGUCCGCUAACAAUACACCGACAAGGGGAAGAUCUAUGAGCACCGGCAGGGAUACUUUGCCACCACCACCUCCGCCACCAGGAGAAACCAUGUCUCCACCUUCCAUGAACGGUUCUAUACCGUCGCACUUGCUGAACAGAAACGGCAGUCGGUCAGACAGUCCAUUACCAAGUCGACGCUCCACGCCGACGCCACCGAACCACUCGGGGCAGUUAGGUGUAGACGAGACAGAUCCCGCACCCCAAGAUCUUCCGCCGCCACCGCCCACUCCUGAUCCAACUCCACCGAGACCUAUUUCACCUCCGUGCAACAUACCGCCGCCACCACCACCUCCGCCGCCGCCACCAGUCAUCAACGGUCCCGUAGUGGCGCCGCUGACGAACGGCGACAUUGCGAAGAUGAUCGCGACCAACCCUCCGAAGCUGAAGCCUCUGAAGAGCAUCAUGGCGGACGGCCAGCUAAGGAAACCCGUCAACCCGAACAUUCCGUUGGUUGACCCGCGGAACGAUUUGCUCAAGGCAAUUCGUGACGGUAUAAAGUUGCGCAAGGUAGAGAAAAUCGAGCAGAAGGAGGUGGAGCGCGUGAAUGCACUCAACGACGUCGCUUCCAUCCUGGCGCGCCGCGUCGCCGUCGAGUUCAGUGAUAGCGACUCAGCCUCGGAGAGCGAGUGCGACAGCGAAGGAUGGGGCGAGCAGGAGAGCAAUCUGGCGUGACCCAACUCUCUGCCAUCCGCCGCCGCCGCCGCCACUGCCUCCUAGGGAAAGGCUGACGAUUCUCUCGAUUCUUUCGUGUCUCCGUGACCAAACAACUGGUCUUUGAGAAUCCGUUAGAACAUUUGCACGCUUCAAACUCAUGUUACAUUAAGCGAGUCUGGAUCUUCUCGGGACUGGAAUCAAGCGAAUCCUCGGUUACAAGUACGUUCAUGCUUUCAACGAAGAUCGUUUGUCGCGGAGGAUAUGUCGUAAGGAUAUGACCUUAUUAAUAGAUUAAUUUAUUAGUCGCUCACACACCGAAUGCGCAAACAAAGACAGUCUGUUGUUUAAUCUUUUUACAUUCGCUUCUCCCUUUUAACACGUUACAUUAAAUACGAGAGGAAUCUAAGAGGAACUAUCGUUUUUUAUCAUUAUCAAUUUGUCGAUUUCCUGCUUCAAAAUUGAUCUUAUUAAAAGAAAGAAAAAUAUUUAAACUCCGAAAUUCGGAGAGCAAAGGAAAAAUAUAUUUGAUCUACGAAGUAUGAUGUCAUUUACUAACACGUUGAUUGCCAUCGGGGUUAUCAGUGCCCAGAGCGGCCCAUUUCACUAAUUUACGUGUAAUCAAUUGGAUAAAACAAAUUAAACAUAUAGCCAGUAAGACGUCAAUGAAACGAGUUAGCGACUAUAUAUAUCGCGAAUUACAUUUAUUGAUCUGUUUUAGCUGAUUAUCGAAACAAUCGAUGUAAAUCAACGAUGGCAGUCAACGUGUUCAGAUAUCUCUGCGUUCCGACGAUUUCACGUGAUCGUCAGCCACGAGUCGUCUAUUUUUAAACUCUCUCUCACCCGUCAGUCAGUCCGCAGUACCGAAUAUCGGCCAGCCAAUCAGUCAUAGACGCAGCAGCAGCACACUCAGUUUUAGUUUAAUCACUCUCUCUAUCUCCGUAGGACGUUGUCGAGGACACGCUAAUUGCGGCCAAUUUAAUCGCGACGUAGCUUUCGUUACGGCGAAUCGCGCGACACAGUUCCGAAGUGCAGCGAACGGGAACUCGUGAGCUCGUCUAGGGCGCACGCACACGCGAGGUUCACGCACUAGGUUAUUAAAGUAAUAACGUAGGAAAGCUGUCGAUCCAGUUGCAAACUCCCUGAGAAAACAGGGAGCCGCUUGAAGAAGCUUAAAGAAACGAUUGACAGCGACUGAACGCCACGCGUUUAUCAACGCACCGCCGGCCAUCUCGUGUCUCGAAGUGUUCACCGAGCGGCAUUUCCGGCUCGUGCAGCCAUCGUCUCAGGAGUUUUAAUUUAGAAAUUGCUAUAUUGCACUAUUAAUAAUUAUUGUAUUAUUUUGUAAUAUUAUCAGAACGAGCGUGUUAUGUAAGUUCACCGAUCGAAGUUAUCUCUUCUUACAUUUCAUAAUUUGUGUAAAUUUCGAUGAUAAGGUUAAUUAAGCGGAGCUAUAAAAUAGCUCUUGCGAAUUUCGAUACUUUGUAAUUAGCGCGUGUCGUUCAAGCUGUCAGCGGGAUGCGCACACAGAGAAGUGAAGAAGAGAAAGUGGACAUCGGAACUUUGCCGAAGUCGUAGCUCGACCAGCUCGCCGCUCGCCAGGUAGAGCGACUUCCUUUCCCGGCACAUUCCAUAGCGAUGUUGUACGACGCAUACGACGAUCGUUCACUCACUCACGUUAUAAUUAAAAGGAGGAAUGAUAACGAUAAUAGCAUAAUAAUAAUAAUAAUAAUAAUGAUGAUAAUAUAUAUAUAUAUAUAUAUAUAAGUAUCUACUUACCCCAAUAGACGAAGCGCUCCGCGUUAACGAGAUGCCGUACAUAAGUCAACGAGAUGCCGACAGAAGUCGACGCGAGUUAAACCAAAAGGCAAGGCUUAGGUAUUCUCUCUCUCUCGUGUGCGAGAAACUGUAAAAUGAAAACUCUAUCUAUCUGUUUAUCUCGCGGUCUUCUCGUAUAUCUCGCUUGGUCAUCCACACAGAGAAGAGUCCUCCGCUAGUGGAUCUCUCUAUCUGCCGCAUUUCCGAGCCGCGAUCUUCCAUGCCACGUUGGCAGGCGUUGAAGAGUGGUGAUGAGUUGUCAGGGUGACGUGAAAGUUAUUGAUCGCAUGAAUAUCUGCAUAUCGCGCGAAUAAUUAUUUUUGUAUAAUAAUUACGUAAUAACAAAAGAGAGAGACAGUAAGACGGGAACCAGUAAGAUUGCAAGGUGUUAGGCGCAUCAAUUUAAACUUUAUAUUUAAAACACUUGACAUCUUGCAAACUUUACCAGGCUUCAUUUUAUUUUCAUUGGAUAUCUACAGAGUCAACAAAUAAUUAUAGUUAAUUACUAUAUUAUAUAUUAUAUAAUUUAUAUAAUUAAUUAUAUAUUAUAUAUAUAUAAGGUCCCAGACUCUCUUCCACAUAUUUUAUAGGAACGUUGAAGAGCAUGAAGAAAAAAUUACUACAUGAUUGUGCAUCAUAAUAUACAAAUUUUCUUUAAUAUCUAAAAAUUUAUGUGGUUAUUUGCAAAAUGGUAGAUGACUUUUUUGUUCACUUUAAUCUAAUGUAAGUGUACAACGGUAGACAACGCCAUAUCUAUCAUAUGCAGCUCAUCUAUUAUAUUGCGCGUGAUCAUUCACCAAUCUUCAUUAAUUAAUAUCUCGACUAUUAUUGCAAAUACCACAAAACGGUGUAGACUUUUAUAUUUACCUCAACUUAUUCUACAUACCCACAAAAUGUGCAGAGGAGAGUCUGGGACACCCUGUAUAAUAUAAUUAUUAUACUUAUGUUGAUUUAAUAAUUCUGUCUCUCUCAAUUUUCACAUGUAUAACAUGUUGUCGCGCGAUGUAAUAUUUUCACACGUACACACAUAUCGCUACACACGACGAUCUUUCUUUUUAACGAGAUAAAAUGGAAAACGGGAAUUUUAUUUAGAAACGCCCGAGAGAGAGCCAGGCGAUCACUUUUCACAGCGUUCACCCUGCGGUAAAGUCCCUCUGUCGAGAAACCAAAAUACUCCAUUAAGCGUAGGACGCGACGGCGGUGCGACUAAACGCGGAUGAGGAUCGAUAUUUUUUAGUGUAUACUUUUAGCGUAACUUGACUCGGGCGAGAAAGAGACAGGGAGAGAAUAUAAAAAUAUAUAUAUAAAUAUAAAUAUUGAACCGCGUAUCGCGUUGUUAACGAUGGGGAGCGCACAGUUGCCAAUUGAUACGUUAACGGGAAGGGGAGAAAUGAUUGUGAUUUAUUUUGCAUCGAUAUUUUGGCGAA